AUGACAACGACAACGCCGAUGAUUGCAACGAUCGCAAUACACAUCUCGUUUCAUCGAAGACAAUGUGGUGGCUCCCACGUGCAUCCCGUGCCGGUAUACAAACACAACAAUACUAGAAGGUCGUCACAUUCCGCGAAAAAGGAUAGAAAGACGGACGACGAUACCGAAGAUUAUUUUUCGGAUAUUGGACGUAGAAAAGAGAUAUUCAAUAAGAAAAAGGCCAAAUCGUCAGAAUCAAAGGAGGACAGUACUGAAGAUAUAUUUUCCGACGAAGCACACUCGAACAAAGAGAGGAGUAGUAAGCCCGGUCGCAAAAAAGCUAGAAAGAACAGAAAAUCCACGAGAAUGAGUGGGAGCAAUUCUCACGAAAGUAUUGGAGAUAGAGAGUCGUCGUCUAAAAAGGACAGCGCAAAAGGAAGAAGGAAAAAACAUCAGCUGCAAAUAGAAACUGAAAAAUCUAAUGAACUUCCCAUCACCGAGAUCCUGAAAAAAGCUCAGCAGCAACGCACCAAAUAUGAAGAGCCGACACCUCUACCAGAGCUCACAGCCAGCACGGUUUAUGUACAGGACAUGAAUGGCUUCAGUGCAAUUAAAAUACAAGACAAACAUUCAAGACAUGGUUCCAAGUCUUUGCCGUUGUCAUCCAGUGCUAGACCGGUCGAGGUGGCGAUCGUUUUUCAAAAAAUCUGGCGUUCCGGGGGUUUCAUAUUUCAAGGACUGCUUGGAGGAAUGGCUAUGUUGCAUUUGAUUUUUAUGGAGACUUACUUCAAAAAUUCGGAAGAGAUUGUUGGUGGUUACUCGCAGCUGGUGGAGAUUUAUGGAAGUUGUUUUUCGUUUCUCAUUGCCAUGUGCCUCAUUUCUGUGUUUGACAGGUUUGAUUUGGCUCACACGGGAAAGAAACAUUUUCGUCAAAUAUUUCAGUACCACUUAAAAUCAAUUUUAGCUUUUCCAUUGUAUAUCGCAGCUUUCUCUUUACAUCAAGCAACUUCAAAAGUGGACGACAAACUGACGCUGCUGCUCUACAAUUCCAGUAACUUCACUUAUCCUUAUAACGACGUUACCAAGAUCAACGAAGGCAUUGGAAUCGGUGAGCUUAAAACCUGGCAAAGAAUGACUCUAUUGAAAGACGUAGUAGCCGUGUUUGGCUGGACAUUCAUAUCGCUUGGUAAUCGCGAGGAUAUGCUUUUAGAGCAUCUCAAGGACAUGUCCAAGUACGAGGAUGAUGCAGACUGA